AUGAAAGUCUCAGUUGCAAUCAUCACCUCUUGUGCGGUUGCUCUCGUCAGAGGCCAAGCUGCCGGAUAUGCAAAGUGUGGUGGGCAGGGUUGGACAGAAGCAACAACCUGCGUAGCAGGAUAUACAUGUGUAUAUGCAAAUGAAUUCUACUCCCAAUGCAUUCCGGGAUCAGCAUCCACAACUCUCACUACAAGCACCAAACCCGCCACUACAUCAACUACAUCAACUACCAAGCCAGGCACCACCUCAAGCACAAGCACUACAGCCGCGCCAGCGAGCACCGCUACAUCCAUAACUGGUUAUGCUAAAACUGCAGGAACUGUUUUCCAAAUCAAUGGCAAGAAAACAUACUUCGCAGGAACGAAUUGUUAUUGGUGCGGUUUCUUGACCAACAAUGCAGAUGUAGACUUGGUUAUGUCUCAUCUUGCUUCUUCUGGUCUUAAAGUACUUCGUGUCUGGGGGUUCAAUGACGUCACAACAGCACAAGGUUCUGGAAGCGUUUGGUAUCAAUCUUUCAUAGCAGGACAGUCACCAGCGAUUAACACCGGUGCCAAUGGCCUUCAACGUCUUGACUAUGUCGUACAAUCGGCCCAGGCUCAUGGAAUCAGUCUCAUCAUCAAUUUCGUCAACAACUGGAACGAUUACGGCGGAAUGCAAGCAUAUGCUACAUACUACGGUAUCUCCUUGACAGAUUGGUACACAAACGCAGCAGCUCAAGCCCAAUAUAAAGCAUAUAUUGCUGCAGUAGUAGCCCGCUACAAGACAAAUACCGCAGUUUUUGCUUGGGAACUUGCCAACGAGCCUAGAUGUACGGGAUGUGCUACUUCAGUCAUCACAAAUUGGGCUACCAGCAUCUCUAAAUAUAUCAAGUCUCUCGACCCCAACCAUAUGGUAACAGUUGGAGACGAAGGAUUCGGUCUCACUGUUGCAAACGAUACUUCCUACCCAUUCACUGCCGGGCCUGGUACAUGGUUCACAGAUCUCCUUGCUAUCCCAACCAUCGAUUUCGCUACUAUUCAUCUUUACCCUGGUUCAUGGGGUGAGGUUGAUUCAUGGGGAUCCUCCUGGAUCUCGAGUCAUGCUAAUGUAACUGCUGCUGCUGGUAAACCAUUAGUAUUGGAAGAAUAUGGUUCACCUACGCAUCUCAAUGAAUUGCCUUGGCAAGCAACCGUUCUCGACACUGCAACUGCUGGAAGUAUGUACUGGCAAUACGGCGACACUCUUUCGACAGGCAAGACUUCAGAUGAUGGGAACACGAUUUAUUAUGGAACAAGUGAAUAUACUACGGUGGUGACCAACCACGCCGCUGCAUUGAACGCAAAGGCGGUUCCAUAA